AUGGCCGAAUUUGGUGUAGAGAUGGAGAAGAACUUGAUCGCAAUUUACAGAGCUAAACCAGCGGAGAAUCCAGAGAUAUUGAAAAUUUUGGCGGAUGAAAUGCUCUUUACUGAAAGUUUCGUGUACUGUGACGAUAACCAUGAUGGCAUGGUAAUUAUGGAAGAACUGAUCAGCUGCGAGGAGCAUUUUUUAAAAGCUUUAAAUCGACCGAUGGCGAUGAAACUCAAUCGUAUGGAAAUUGGCGAUACAGAUAACGAUGGGAAGCUGCAACUGGCCGAGUGGGCAUUAGCCGGAGCAAUGUGGGAUCUUGCAUUUGGAAAGACGAUGGUAUCGACUCUCGGAAAAGGACAUCUCGACGAUGAGAAACUGAACGAGUUUGCUAUUUAUAAGAUUCUAGGGCUAGUUGGUCAUUUUUUCAACGACACAGAUUACUCAACAGCUAUGGAUAUCCUAUUUACUGCAGACGAUGAUCAUGACAACAAGUACUCAGCAGCGGAAAUCGGAUGUCUUCAGCAGCACUUUUAUAAUGACUUUAUUCGAAAACAAAUGUGGAGCGCCCACUGA